UCAUCGUUUAUCUAAAUGCGAAAAGCUGUUUUUUUGAAACUUGCGCGUCGAGCAAAGAUUGAAAAUGCUUGAUAUCGUAGCGAUAUUACUGGAUCCUUUUCUACUUAUCGGACUCGUCCUCGGUAGCCUAUACUUUUAUCUCACAGCUACCUUUGACUUUUGGAAAUGUCGCGGUGUACCGUUCAAAAAGCCGACUGUGCUCGUCGGAAAUUUUGGUUCCCUGCUCCUGUUUCGAACGUCGCAACCGGAAGGCGUGAAAGAGAUGUAUCAGUGGUUCAAGGAUGAAAGGUUCUUUGGCGCGUUUCGAGUAAGAUCGCCCGUGCUGAUUCUACGUGAUCCCGAUCUAGUGAAGAGCGUGUGCGUCAAGGAUUUCGCUUACUUCCUGAAUCGUGGGAUACCGAUCAAUAGCGAUCAGGAUCCGCUCUCCGGCCAUCUAUUCAAUCUCGAAGGGCGCAAGUGGAAGGGUCUCAGGUCGAAAUUAACGCCCGCGUUCUCGUCGGGCAAGCUGAAGCGGAUGUUCUACCUACUGGUGGAAUGCUGCGAAGAGUUGCAGCGGCUUAUCAAUGAGGCAAGCAGCUUCGGUGACCAAACGGUCGAGGUACGGGAACUGGCCGCGAAAUUCAUCAUUGACGUCAUCGGCAGCUGUGCCUUCGGCAUACAGAUAAACGCGCUCACCGACGAAGAAUCCGAAUUUCACAGAGCGGUGAAGAAGCUCUCGAAGCCGAGUUACAAGGCCACUCUCUGGAGGAUGCUACGAACGGCCAUGCCGAGGCUGUACAAGCUGAUGGGUGUGCAGCUCGUCGAUCCGAGCGUUACCCAGUUUUUCACGCAUGUCGUAUCACAAAUGAUCAGCCAAAGAGAGAGUAACGGCACGACCAGACACGAUUUCAUGGACCUAUUAAUCGAGUUGAAAAACAAGGGUACUCUGGAGAGCGAAGCCACUAAUCUAAGAAUCUGCAGCGAUGAAGACGCCCAAGUGGCGAAGGAAAUCGAAUUAGAUGAGAACACUAUCGCGGCACAAGCGUUCGGUUUCUUUGCCGCCGGUUACGAAACGUCAUCGAACACGAUCGCGUUUUGCCUCUACGAACUAGCCUUGAACCAAGAAAUCCAAGAUAAGACCAGGCGAGAGGUACACAAUGCUAUAGGAGAUGGAAAAUUAACUUACGACGCGAUUCAGGAAAUGAAGUAUCUCGACAUGGUAAUAUUAGAGACUCUCAGGAAGUAUCCGCCAGCUCCACUGUUCGCUCGAAGAUGCGAGUACAAGUACCGGAUACCGGACAGCAAUGUGGAGCUGCCGGCUGGCUUGCGGGUCGUCAUACCGAUUUAUGGCCUCCAUCAUGACCCAAAUUACUAUCCCGAUCCGGCAAGAUUUGAUCCCGAGAGAUUCACGGAGGAGAAUAAACGCACGAGACACCCUUACACGUAUCUUCCAUUCGGAGAAGGACCACGAAAUUGCAUAGGCAUGCGGUUCGCGUUGCUGCAAAUCAAGAUGGGAAUAAUAGCGUUCCUCAAGGAUCAUCGGGUUGAGAUAUGCGACAAGUCACCGGUGCCGAUCAAGUUCAGCAGACGGAGUCUUGUGACCGCGAGCGAGGCGGGAUAUUGGCUUACCAUUACCUCAUCUUCCUAAAUACGGAUUGUAUAUUUAUAAGAGUAUUUUUUUUCUUCAAGAGACUAGUAGGUAAAAAUACAUGA